AUGCCAUGGCGAUACGGUUUGGAAAAGCUACUGGGGAAAGAUUACAAACGUGGAUCACGUUUGCAACUGGGCCUAUACCAAAUAAUUACUACUUAG